AUGGAUUCUCCGUCCCCAAAGAUAUUGCUGACGAACACCUCUACGACAUCAUUAACGCUACAUGACCGUUUCACCAGGUUAACGAAUAAGCAGGCAGAGCUGACUGACAUCAGAAGGGCUAUGCCGCAGCCGCAGGCAGCCUCACUGAAAAACCAGCGGCUAGUUCAACAGAUGGCCAGCCGACCCUCAGUUUUGGCAGCUCUGAAAAGUAAACCGUGUCUCAGACAGCAUCUGCGUUUGGGGAACAUUAAAGAGAGGCUGGGCAUGCGGUCAGUGAGAGGAGUGCUGUACGGGAUGCCUAAAUACUCGGGCAGAGGAAGAGAAGCCCUAGUUGGCAGCCCUUUAUCAAAGAGACUGCCUCAACGUGUCCUGACGCAGCCGCAGCCUCAGCAUGGCGUUUAUGUAAAUGGGGCAGGAGUGGUGCAGAACAAAGGAGUGAGAGGUAAAGGUAGGGGAUCGAAACUAAAAAACCUUGAAAGUAGAGCUCAGACUUCAGAAGUGCAGGGGGUAUUUGUAGGCAAUCGCUGGCCUGGAGGAAGAUGUAGAGCAGAUAGUCGCCCAGUCCCCACACGAGAGGAGCUGGAUAAGCAGCUGGAUGAAUACAUGGCUGAAGUCGAUGUGGAGAUUCUGCUUUAAUGCAACCUUCAGCCACCACGGUGUAUUUACAUGUAAAGCCCUCUUCAUAGCCAGAAUGAAAAGAUUUGGUGCCAGGUUAAGUAGGCUGGUUGAUCAUAUUAAUGAAUGGUGCAGUGCUCUAAAGUUUAAUAUGUAAUAUGAUCCCAAACUACAGUUGUUUUAAGGUGAUAAUGUGUGAAGCUUUU